CUUUCGCGUCCGUUUCAUUUUCAUGUCGACCCACAUGGUGAGCAUGACUCCGUGUAAAGGAGUUUCUACGAAGUGUGACUUAUAAUUCUGCACCGUUAGACGGAGAAUGGAAGGGGAGAAGUUGGUGGGGAAGACCUCCAAGGUUGGGGGCGAUAAAAGUCCGAGCCAGGCUCAGUUCCUUCCGAUCGAUUUGGCGCAGAAGACGAAGUCGGGGUCGACGGAGACGAAGACCGUCCCGGUUCGACCCGUCACCAUACAGGAGAGGAGCGCGAAAGCACUCUCUUCAUUAGGAGUAGGCGCAGGCCUACAGCAGAAGUCUGCGUCAAACGUCGACAUCAAGGCAUCUAGCACAGCAUCCAUGCCUACUGCAUCCAACAGCAAUGUGAAGCCCAUAACAGUUGCCCUUGGAACACCUGCAGUAUCAGGAGGAGCCACCCUUACAAGAACAGUUCAAGCACAUGUGAUCCCAAUGACGGUUCCCUUGGGGAGCAUCCGUCCACUGACAGUGACGACAAUGGCAGCUUCUGCAUCAACUCCAGCCUCAUCUUCAACUACCACAGCUGUAUCAAAAGAGACUGUUGGAUUCCACAUUCCUGUAAUGGGACCUCAAGGCCAAACCACUGCUGCCAUUCUCACUCCAGCACAGGUCUCUGCCUUCCAUCUACCAAAAGGUCCUGCUGCUGUGGCGAACAUGGCCUUGGCAAAGACAGCAUUCGCUACUGCUGCACAGCCUCGAGCUGGUAUGACACCCAUCAUUGCUGCCAUGCAGAGCCCAAGUGGGGCCCCUCCACCCGGAGCAAUCUUGACCUCCACUACAUCCCCACGAUGGGCUGCUCCAUUUGCUCCCAAGGUUGGAAUCUCUUUCAGAGCAUCUACUACUCAAGCUGCAGCAGCCCCAGGAAUCACCUUGGUACCUGCUCCAUCCCUCACAACAUCAGCAAAUGUCCAGAUUGGAGAGAAGCUGACUACUGCUGGUCAGACUGGAGGAAGCACAACUACAAGUGCAGCCACUGUUGUCCUCACAUCCCGUGUGGAUCGUCACCAUCCACCUGUCCUCACAGUGACAACCACCAACACUGUCACAUUAGCGACUGCUACUUUGGCUAAAGUUACUUCAUCCCCCAUGGGAGUGCCUUCUCAGGCCAUCAAAUUUGGAAUCUCACCUGCCAUCCCUGUUGGAGGGGGGACAUCGAUCUCAGUUAAGAACGUGACAUCAAGUGUGGCGACGGGUAUUGCAAAUCCUCCCACUGCCCAUCAGGCCUCCUCCAAGGCAGGACCCAAGGUCAUCACCCAACCAGUUCACGUCCUCUCCUCAGUUACCCGAGGUCAUCACCCAUCAUCAGUCUCUUCUGAGCCUCUCCCCCUUACUGUGAAAACGAGACCUAUGAGCAUUGGGAUGCAGAUUGCAGGCAAGCCACCUCCAUUGUCAGGAGUUAUGGCACCAGUGCAAUUAGGGAAGGCAUUUGUUUCAGGGUCAUCCUCAAGUCAUGGUCAGGCAGGCCGUGCAAGUGCACUGUCUGGCAUCCCUGCUCAUCCUGAGGCCUCUCCUUUGCCACCUCCUGGCACUGAGGUCCUGGCAUCCAUUCCCAAAGCCCUGGCAAAAGAACAUGAGGUGAAGGUGGAGCCUGGAGUGCCUCACACUUUCAGCCUACCACCUGAAAGUGGGGAAGAAGGAAGUCAAACCCCUCCACCACUAGGUCAAGUGACUACACCCAAAAUCACAUCCAUGUCCCCCAGGCCUAGCAUCCUCCGCAAGCGGGAACCUGACAGUCCAUCUAAUGCAAGGAGAGCAUUGAAUCUGGGAGCACUUCCUCCAUCCACACCUCCUCUCCCUCCCCUUUCCCCUCAUCCAGACAACGUCUCCUCAGGAGGAUCUUCCACCAUCUCUGCUACAUCCUCUCCAGGGAUGAGUGAGCCAGUGACACCAGUGGAGGAACUGAUAAAGCAGGAGCAGCCAGAGGGCAUGAAUAUGUCCCAGGUUGAAUCCAUGCCUCUGAGUCCCCGCAAAAAACCCAGAAAGCAGCAGCUGCAGGGGACUGAGUUGCGGGAGGGUCCUCAGAGCCCACCUGUCCUUCAUCUUGAGAGUGACCAAGAUUCUGCCACUUCUGAUGCAAUGGAAGGAGAAGAGGAGGAGGAAGAAGAGGAAGAGGAUGAGGGAGAGAGAAGACAGAGGGGAAGAGGAGAGGUGAAGGAGGAGGAAGAAGGGGAAGAAGAGGAAGAGGAGACGGAGACAAUCGUGAAGAAACCCCGACUCUCCCUGCGAGCAAAUGAUGCUAUCACCUGGAAACCUCGCCAUCAUCAUUUUGUCCGAUUCACUGAUGUCAAGAUUCGAGAAGAUAAGCGUCCUUCUGUCCAAGAACUCUCAAAUGAGAGAAACAUCCAGCAGAAACUGCGUGGCUGGAAGCUUUUCCUUCUCCAAGCACAGAUUGAGGAUCUCUUGGAAGAGGAGAAGGAAUACGAAGAGAGACUGGGUCGGGUCAUGGAGUCCUUCCUUCGUGGUCGGCCUUCCCGGGAUUCCAAGCAGGAGACGAUUAUUGAACUCUUCCGAGCAAAUUUGCAGCGCUGCAAAGGUUCCCAGGAUCUCUUGCUGGAGGCUCAACUGAAAAUGAUGAAGAUCCUGGACCAUCGACCACAUCUCGAGGAAAUCAUCACCAAAUACUCCUCUAAAAGGAAUGCACAAAAGAGUCGACCCAAAAUUUCUUGAAAUGAGGGAGUGUUGUCAUUUUAUUAUGUUCCUAACUGAAUAUAAUCUGAAGUGUUUGUUA